UUACUUGAAGGUAGUUUGCUGGCAAGUAAAUAUAAUGACUAUACACUAAAACAAAAGCGGAAUAGAGUGGUAAAGAAAGUUGACCUUUCCUGUAACUCAUUGUUGGAUAAUUAAUGUGCAAUAUUUUUUAUCAAGUAGGCAUUUGCUGGACAUAAAUAUAUUUCCUGACAGUAGCCAUGAACAUCAAUUUCGCGAGAAUCACGUGUUUCUCAUUCGUCAUAACCAUAGCAACGCUUUCGUCGCAGACGGCAUCCCAGCCGCCACCGCCACUGAACUGCGAGCUGAAGUCGCCGUGUUCGUGUACUAUGGACGACGGAAGUGGCGAUGUUGACUUAUCCAGCCUUAGUGGUCCCAGUGGGCAACCGAUGUUCAAGGACGUUCUGGUGCCGGAAGAGGGCUACUAUUACUCAUACAGCCCUUGCGGCUCCUUUACGGAAGUAGAAUGUCAAGACGCGGCGGCGUGCGUUCUAGACGAGAACAAGGCGCAGUCGCAGCAGAUUGGAGACGCCGGGAGGACGUCCUUCAAUUAUGACGGCGAUCACGUUGUCGUCGCCUACACUUCCGGGGAAGGUGUGCUCAAGCUAACAAUGGUCAAUCUGAUCUGUGACCCGACGGCGUGUGAUCCUAUAUUCGUGCCCAACGGGGAGCAAGGGGCGGGUCAGUUCGAAAUGACGUUAACCACCAUCUGCGCAUGCCCAGGAAAGUGUACAGCUUCCGGUCCAACAUCCGGUUGCCAUUCUGGACAUCAUAGCAACGGAGGUUCGGUCGGGAGUAUCAGUGUUGGAACAAUCUUGGUGAUCAUAUUCUUCGCCGUUUUAUACCCUUGA